GAACCUUUCGAUCGAAAUCCUCGGAAGUUCGCCGUAAAAAUGCUACCGAAAUGAGUUGUUAGAACACAUCACUUGGCAAAAACAUCAACCAUGCCUGAGAAAAUAAGCGUUAGAAGCUUCCUCGACGAAGCUAGGGAGGACGUUUCGUCCCCGACAACCUCCAAUUUCAUAUCAACAAUGAGCUUAUGUCGAAACACUGUCGGAUCGCUAGAGGAGGUGAGCAUUUUGUUUUCACUUUUCAUUAGGUACUUACUCGAUUUUUGUUGAUUGUUGAAUGUUAUGCUGCAUAAUAAGGAACUAAAGUGCUUGAUCGUUGGCGGUUAGUGUUAAUAACAGCGGAUUUAGGUGUUUAGAUCUAAUAAGGUUCGAUUUUUAAUUACGAUAAUUGAUAUAUUCUAUGAUCACCAAUGUUAUUUAUAAACAUGGCAGGUUUCGCGGAAAACGAUUUCCAAUAAGCUUAGAUUUCUUUGUCCUCUUUGGAAUUCGUCUAUAUAUAAUGUAGAAUUUUAAGCAGUAGCUGUAUGGUUAGGUAUCGCUGACAAUGUAUUUAAGUUUGAAGAAAUAUGAAACUUGUGUGAAACAUGUAAGCUUAUAAUAUAAGUUUAUUUGAAUUUGACAAGUGAUAAAUCUUGUUUAAGACAGUAAACUUUUUGUUAUGGUCACGGUGACGAAAUAUUUCUUUUAUUCUAAUAUACUGUCCUCUACCACCGGUAACUGGGUAAGGAACAUUUUAGAGGGCUGUAAAAUCCAAAAAUGUUUUGAAUUUGUUCCCUGCAUGCAUUGUUGUCUUUUUUAUAUAAGCAGUUUUCAUUUUCCAGUUUCAAUUUAAAUAUUUAUACUGAAGAUUUUAAUAGACUCUGAAUCUGAUUAAACUUUUAUGUCUAAGGCAAUUAAUUUGAAAACACUAGGUCAUCCCUCUUUUUUCUCCAUUUUAAUGGUUUUUAGGAACGUUAAGAAUCUGACCCAAUUUUUUUGGGUUUCCAAAAAUCUUUGUUCCUUGUAGUACACUUUGUCAUUGUUAACCCCUCGCCUACCAGAGCCAAAUACACCCAGCAACUGACCAGACCUUUCUCAAAGACCGGAGUUCAUUUCUUCAGGCAACUUGAACAACCUGACUUUUGGUGAUUUCAUGUUGGAAGACAUAUAUUACGUCCUUGGUUGCUGAGUGACCUCACACAGGAUGUAUUUAAUGAUUAUUCCUCAAUCCCGAAUGGGCUCUGAGUUAAUAGCCCAUGAGGGCGAGAGGGAUAACUGUUUUAGUAAAAUCCAACUAGUUGGUCAAAAAUAUUGAGACAAAACAAAUUUAGCUAGCAAAACGCGAUUCAGCCGCCAAGGCCGGCACUUUUCACUACUAGUGGGCUAUAACAUAUGGCCCAGUAGUAGCUCAACUAAUCAGAACGCAGCAUUUAUAAUGCAAUAGACCACUAAUUGGAUUUUACUAAACAAAAUUAUACGUCCUUGGUAGCCAAGGGGUUAAACAGAAUUUUUGCAAAAUACAGUUUUAUAAACAGCAUUUCUUUAUGCUGAAUACCAGUUUCAAAUGCAAUAGUAGAGGAAGUAGCCAAUUUUCUUCAAUCCAUAACUAUGUUUUGGUUGGUAAAUUCCUUGUGUUUGAUUUUAAUCAGUCCACAUGCAUUGUUCUUGUUUUCCUCAACCACCAUCAUUACCAUCAUCAAGGCUGCACUAUAGUUGUACCAGAACUCUUAGGGCCUGUUUAUACAUGUAUAAGUUAAGCCAGCUCAUUAUGCCCGGCUAGCCCACUAAACUGGACUGGUUCGGCUCAUGCCUACAAAGGUUUUCUCGUAAACGUUUUGUCUUAUUAAUAUAUGAGAAGGCAAGCUGAGCUGCUUGCUGAGUUCCUGGUUGCUCUACUCAAGAUUCUCUCCCUUGUCCUUAAUUUAUGUUGUGUCUAUGCAACUGGUUCCAGCACUCAACAGUGCCAAAAUAUUCUGAGCUGGUGAGCAAUAAUGGAUUGUUUAACUUAGAUAAAUAUUGCAGGGUGCAAAGAAAAUCAUUUUUACAGCUUGCCAUUCGGGCAAGCUGAAGCUAGCAUUUACUAGCCCAGACAUCAUCAUUUCAACUAGCCCCAAAAACGUUUUGUUCUUCUGUUAUUAAAAUUCCUCAUAAAACAUCACUUGCCCGUCGGGCAAGUUAAAAACAGAAUUCACUAGCCCGAUAGGAAAAUCCAGUAGCCCCGGGCUAUGGGACAGUACUUUCUUUCGGUGUGCGACAAACGCAGACUGCAGACUUGCAGACCGCAGACCUGCAGACUUACAGACCUGCAGACUUGCAGACUUGCAGACUUGCAGACUUGCAGACUUGCGGACUUGCAGACACGUUCGGAACUCACGGGGAGUGGGGGGGGGGGAUAAUUGCCCCCGCAGGUUCAAUCCCGAGGUGGCACUCUAGUAACUCGCGCGUAUAUCAAGGAAAGUACUUACAGUUGUAAUAUACAGUCAGUAUGGUAGAAAAAAUCUCGAUUUGCUUGAACAGGGGCCGCGAGGAAUCGGUAGGUAAUGAUGACGUGAUGAAGACAGAAAAUUUCGAAGGGACCGGUUAGGUAGAUUUUGUGACAUUUAUUGUGCAGUCAUACUUCGAUACUCUUUUGCGUUACGUGUUAUCAGUGAUAUUCUGUGGAGCAGUUGGUUCAGUGAAAGUUAUGGACCAAAAGACACUCGUUAAGCACAGAUGAAGUUAUAAGGUGCGUACAACAGUGUAUAUAGAAACACUUGGAGAUUUUACCAGACACGAGUUCACAAAUCUUUGAUUGGAAACCUUGCCAGACACUCUUUCUCUCUCUUUGACCGGAAUAAGACUCAGCCCGAAACAAGCAAGACGAGUGAACAACGGCUAGCUUAUCACUAGCAGAACGAUGGACGAUUACAGAAAUUCGCCGACAAUCAAAUUCUGUGCUGACUUAUUUCCUGCUCACAGAUGUCCUUCCGUUUUAAAGUCGCUCGAUGAUCCCACUCGUCUUCUUCUUCGCUGCUCUCACUGAAGUUUAGGUCACCGUUCUUCCGAUGUUAAGUCUUCCACUGCAAGGAUUUCCAGUCACCUGUCGAACCGGGCACUGUUGUGUUUGCAGCCCGCUAGCGCUGUUGUUUGCCUCAUACAUACUUUGCGAUUCGCCAACAGUAAACAGAGGAUGAAUAAAAUUAGCCCAAAGCCCUGUCACAAAAAAAGUAGGUCUGCAAGUCUGCUAGUCUGCAAGUCUGCAGGUCUGCAAGUCUGUCUGCGUUUGUCGCACACCGACUUUCUUUGCACACUGAUAUUGGCAGCCAUCUCUUCUCGCUCCUCACCAAUUGGGACAUUUCGUGGGAGACACGUCUGCACCUUAAAGAAAGCAAAAAUGCCAUACUGAUGAUGUAAAUCAGUGUUUACAUAAUUAACCUUGUAGUCUUGUUUCCCCUGGUCUAUUAUAGCAAAGUUUUGAGCAAAACUCAAAUGCUUCUUCUUCUGAAGAAUAUUAUUAUAUUCCAGGAAUAUUAACUCUUUUGCAGUAGAUUCAUUGCGUUUACAUUUGACCUUUUUCACCUUAUGUUUCUUGUCCCUCAUUCAUAAACAAUAGAUGAAAGAAUGUAAAAUUACUUUUUUGACCAAUCAGAGCUUUUGACCGGCUUCUGGAGUAACUGUUAUGCUAUUCGUUUGUUAAAAGUCCUUAGAUGUAAACCGUUAGACAAACGUUAAAAGUCCCUAGAUGUAGAGCGUUAGACAACCGUUAAACGCGAUCCGUUAGAACAAACUGCAUAACCGUUAGAACGUUUUCUUCAUCCGUUAGACAUACUUAGUUAGCCGUUAGACCGUUAGGAGAAAGCGUUAGAACGUUUUGAUCAUCCGUUAGGCACAACUAGAUAACCGUUAGAACGUUAGGACAAAACGUUAGAAUGGUGUGAAGGCCGUUAACAAUCCGUUAGCUAUCCGUCCGUUAGAGAGCAUUUAACGGAUAAGCGUUAAGGUAUGUUUUCCCGUGUACGGUCACAUUUUAUGUUUUCAGUAUGGCAUUUUUGUCAUUGAGGUGCAGACAUCUUCAUGCAUUCAAGGGCUAAAAUAAUUGGUAUCUUGAAAGUUUUUCUGAAGGUGUUUUUUUUAUUCAGAGUCUUGAUGAAGAUUACAACACACUCAACAAACUGAAGAAAUCAAGCAAAGCUGUUCAUGCUUCAGGACUGAGUAAGUUUAUCCAGUUGUGUAUAAUUAUUACUAUUUAUUAUUUUUUUGCAUUGUAAAUACAUAAGAUAUUCUCUCUUGAUUGGAUAUUAAUAAAUAAAGUAAUAAUAAAUAAUAAAUAAAUAAUUAGCAAAUGAAAUGGCAAUAGUUGAAAUCAACUUAGGAUGAUGUAGAUUUACAAACAAUCUGGAGCAUUCCAGCUGAAUUUGAAAUAUUGUAAAAAUUUGUUGGCUGCAGUAAUCUGGUUGUAUUAGUAAGUUUGUUGUUGGUUACAAGAACUUAAGAUGUAAUAAAUUAAAUGACUUAUAAAAGCCAUGUUUUACGAAUAUUAAGGGGUAGGAGACAAAGGAAAAUCAUAAUAAAACUUGGUUGAAACCAUAAAUCAGAAUUUCAAAAUUUGUGCUUCAAUGUAUGUGUAAAUGAACUGUUUCAUAAUAUUCUCCAGUUAUCCACUUACACAGGGUCGCCUGUGCGACUGACGGAACUAAAGUUCUUACUAAGUCUGUCUGCAAAACAGUACGGAAAUCCUUAUUUUGGGGAGCCACUUGUGUACCAGGAUUUGAGUAUAUGUCAUGAUUGGUCUGUUAAAGAAGACAUUGUUGAUUUGCCAAUCAGGUUGAAGGGAAUUCGUUGAGUCCAUUUGGGGCCAAGAACAAGGAUAUUGGGGCUGCUUUGUACUAGGGUUAGAUUCAUCUGUGACUCAGGCUAGAUACAUGCCAGUAGUUAUUCAGUAAAACUCUUUUUACUACUACAUGAGAAAUAUCUGCCAUUUGAUUGGCUUAGAGCAGUGGUAUUUCAGCUUAAUUUGAAGUACCUACACAUGAAAAUUACAAACCUUUUGCGGGUAGUAGUAUAAACAAAUGAUAGCAUGAUUUGUGCAUGAUAUUUGGCAUAAAAUAGCACUUGUGAUAUUUCAAAAUUGUCUCAAAUUUCACUGGCCUUAAACAGCUCAUGAAGUUACGUAUAACAAUUUUGAAAUAUCACUAACCUCUUGUGGUAUUUAUGCCAAAUAUCACUACAAAUCAUGCUAUUACCUUAUACAAAUUUAAUUUAUUUUCUGUAAUUCAAACCUAGAUUAUUCAACAAGUCAGUUAUCAUUGGCAGAGAGUCUUGAAAAGCUUGGUUCAUCCUCCCUCUCAAAGGAAGCUGAUACUGGAAUAGGUGAGGCUCUAGACCUUUGUAAAAAAAAAUUUAAAAAAAAGCAAAACAAAAAACAAUAGAUAGAUUUACAAUCCCGGACAAAACUACUUGAAUGAGAAAGUUUUCCCCAUCAUGUCCACUUUCCUAUGCAACAAAACUAUUUCCGAAAUGACGCCUUUAAUUUGCAGAAAGAAAUACCCUUCCCCCAGUUCAGUGUUGCUUCCUAGAAACACCCAGGGAUCAGGCUUUCUUUUGAAUACACAACAACAUUGCUUUCAGGGGAAGGGGGAGUGGAAAGAAACAGUACAGCUACGGUGUUUGGAAAAGUGCUCCCCAAGUAUACAAUUUUCUCAACAGUUUUGUCCAAGAUUGUAGCAACCUUUGUGGCAUUACAUUUGUGGUAUGGAAUCCCUAAUGAAAGGGCUCCCAAGUUCCCAUUAAAAUAGUGGGUAAGGUGGGGUCAGGGAGGAUGCGUGUAUACAGGAGUGUUGUGUGUAUAAAACAGAACAAAAAAGUUAGAUGUUAAGAUUAGCAAUCAGAUAAUAAGGGACCGGCAAACUACAAAGCAGCUAAGUCUACCUCAAAGAAGUGCAAAAAUUAAAUUAGCUCAAAAUAAUAAAUAACCGAAAUCCUUAAUAAAGAUAGGAUUAAAUGAAGUAAAUUAGUUGAAAAAUCAAAAGAAGAUUUGGAAUAGGUGAGGCUCAAGUCCUGUAAUAACCAUCAACUCACGUGAUACAACUCACUUUUACUCUGAACGUGACUACAGCACAGGUUGCCGAAAUGUCAGUCACUGUCAACAACAGCCCUAUUCAGGGCUACAUUCACCUGGAUGAUCAUGCUCAAACUACUAUAAAUGAGACCUGUAAUGUUUGGUCAUUUUGAUAAAAGCAGCAUGUCACUUCUCAAAGAAAAUGUUUUUAUAUGCUUGUAAUUUGGUUUUCUUUUACUCUUUCAGGAACUGCAUUUUUUAAAUUUUCAGUUACAUUCAAGGUAAAGAUCUCUAUAAACUUUUGUCCACAUGCAUACAGCUGCAACAUUGUAGAGGUUUGACUCAUCAAUCUCAUUCUUAAUGUCAAGAUAACACUGUAAACAUACAGUGAUGCACUGGUGCUGCUUACCAGGUGAUGACAAAGUUUGUAUGUGUCAAUCGCAAGCUUACAGAUGGUACAUCAUUUUCUUUCCAUUUUCUCAUCCACCCAGACUUUGCUGGUAAACUGUUUUCGGUCCAGGGAGCUCAAGGAAUAGAAUUUCAGAGAGUCUAAAUUAUAAAAUUUCUCGUGAGAACAUGCUCUGGUCCCCAUAGAAGUUUGUGGCUUUUCUGCUCUGACUUUUCCAUACUUUUGACACAAUGUUCAUCCAGAGACAUACGGUAGAAGUGAAUACACACAACAUUUUAUUGAGAGAUCCGGAGGGUGGAGGGAGCAUUCGGUAAUUGCUACUGCAUUAAUGUACUGUAUAAAAUUAUUUAAGGCAAUAGGUAUUUGCUAUUCAAUGGCUUUCAGCUUCUCUCUUUUACUUGCCCUCCUAUCUUUGUUUUCCAGUAAUACUUCACUAAAAAGGUUAAUUUUAUUGUUUGUUUCAGGAGCUGGAUUCUAUCAUGAAAAUAUUGGUAAGUCUGUUUGAAUUUUAAACAACAUAAUUAUUUUGAAUGAGUUCAAUUUUACUUUUGCUUUUUAUUUUGAGAAUUAUUUUGAAUGUUAUUCAUUAAUAGCUCAAAUCAUUUUCUUUUGGCAGUUCACAAACUAUUACAACAUGAUUUUAAUUCCUCUUGAUACAUUAUUAAAAGGAGAUUUAAAGGAUGUCAAAGGGGUAAGUCUCAAAGAGUGUAGUGCUUAAGUUCAAGCAUAAGGCAGCUAGGGCUCUGAACAUGGAGCAGAAGUUAACAAAUAAGCAAUAAACUCACUAUAGUUAUGGAUUGUACAAGUACAUUUGGUAAAUCCUCUAUUAAGCCCCUUGGGGGCUUAUUUAUUUCAAGCACAUUUGAGGGGCGGGGGGAGGUUUAAUAGAGACGGGGGGCUUAUUUGAGAAGGGGGGCUCAUUUAAUUUAGAAAUGAUGAUGCAGGUAUCAGUUCUCCAUAGAGAACUAGAAUACAAAGAGGAAAAGCUAGGGUACAGGAAGUUUUAGGUCAUGCAGCCGAGGAUCAGAACCAAAUCCAAACUUCCAGUUGCUAAAUAAACCAUCCCAGAUCAGUCCACAUGAAGUUUUAUGGUCACGAUUGAUUAAUACAGUCUAUCAUUUAGUAGCGGAGAAUAAUAAUAAAUUAUUAGGGGAGGGGAGGGAAGGCUUAAUAGAGAGGGCAGGGCUUAUCAACUUUCUUCUCCUGAAAAGGAACCCUCAUUAGAGGGAGCGGGGGGGAGGGGGAGGGCUUAAUAGAAGAUUUAUGGUAUUUUAUGGUAUAUUCUAUGUUGUUACCUUGUAGUGGGUUCCCUGUGUUGAUGUGAGCAGGGUUUCCAAAGAGUCCUGUUCAGUUGUUUGGGAUGUGAAGAUUUUCUCAUUGAGCUGGCAGCUUACUUUUAACCUACACUUCCCCAGUGGACAAGGGACCUUGCAAUUAUUAACUCACUCAUUCAAUUGCUUAUGUUUGUGUGCUAAAUAAAUGAGUUCUGCUUUUGCUAGCUGGCUGUACAUGUAACUUCUGACGUACAGUGUAGGUGAUAAUGCAGUAUUUGGGUCACUAAGGAUUUUAUAAGAGUUGCCCUGUUUUUUUUAAUCCCACAGUUAAUUUCAUCUUUGUCUUAGACUUGACUUCUUUACCAACAUCAAUGCUUUGCUUACUUGGUUCUGCUCUUAAUAUUUAACUAUGUGUAAAACUGUUAAACUUUGUUUUGUAGGAAUUGAGAAAACCAUUUGACAAAGCCUGGAAAGAUUAUGAAGCUAAAGUGUAAGAACCUGAAACAACUUAAGAUGUGUUGUAUUUGAUAUUAUUCACAUUUUCAGUAUUUUUAUUUUUUAUACAAUAAUUUUUUUUCUGAAGAAAGAUGAAAAGUUUCCAUAUUAAAAAAUGUAGUAUUAAUUUAAAUAUUGGGGGCAAGCAAGCUCUCCAGGGCCCCAGACUGCUUGCUCACAGGCUAAUGCAGCAUAAGCUCCCUCAUCCUUUUUUCUUCAAACUUGCAGAGACUUUCCUUCCACAACUAAGCACUGCAAGUUAACAUGAUAUUUCAAGACUCCUGAUAAUUUUCUUUAGGGGUGAGGCUUAAUAGUUGUGAUCUCAUGAACUGUGUUGUAGGGCAAAGAUUGAGAAAGAAAAGAAAAAAAUGGCCCAGGAAGCUGGCUGCCUCAGGACAGAAGUCACCGGAGGGGAGGUAUUUUGAUUCACACUUUUGAUAAAGUUCAAGUUGAAAGUGUUGCGAAGUUACAACGUAAAUAUGUUUUUCAUAUCUUCUAAUUAUACAUUCAACUCUCUAAGAAAGAAACCUUUGGGACCUACACUACCUGUGUGUGUCCGUCCUAGAGAUGUGGGUCUAAUAGAUUGUUGAUUAAAAGGAGUAAAGGAAGGCACAGACCAUAACCCUUGGUGUCUGUUUUAGCAAGGUGUUCUCCUUAAUACACUUAUGAUUACAAUUUGCAUAAUUAUCCUGAAUGGUAGAACCUCUCUGCAGAUGUACUGCUACUACUACCACUACCACUACCACUACCACCACCACCACCACCACUACCACUACCCCUGUGACUGCCACUGCGACUUGCGCUGUUGCUGCUGCUAAAAAAUAGCUGUUUAUUUAGAUUUUUUGGAUUUUACUUACUGAUUAUUACUGGUAAUGAUAUAUUUAGAUGGCUGAAGAGACCGAAAAGGAGAGGAGAUAUUUUCAGUUGCAAAUGUGUGAGGUAUUUAUACUUUAUAUAGGGAUCAAACACAGUAGUAUAUCUGCCUGUAAACGUACUAGUUUUGAUUGUAGAUUUAUUUAUUCUUGCAAUCUUGAGAAUUUGUAUUUAUGGUGACACGAGAAUCAAAGACUGAAUGCAGAAUGAAUGUUGUAUCAGAUCUAAAAACUGUUAUAUCAAACAUAAAUAGUCUCCUUGAACAAAUGCCAAAUUAAGAGUUAAAAAGUCUGUAAGUACUGUAUAUAUAUUUAUUCUGUGUUUUAUUGGAUUCAAGUUUUUAAUGAAGGUGAAUGAAAUCAAAAUCAAGAAAGGAGUUGAUUUGGCUCAGCAUCUUGUGGAUUUCUACGAUGCUCAAGUGACGUGAGUUUUGUCAAUCAUUGUCUUUCCUCUUUCAAAGUAGACCCAAACUUUGAGAAAAUUGGAGUUGCGUACUACAGCUGUGACUGAGUAAUCCUAUAUGGAGGUACUACAGCUGAGGAGGUUUCAUUUGAAUGGUUACACCAGAGGAUUUUGUCCCCAGACUCAAAAGUUAGAACCCCAUACUAAAUAAACAGUGACAUGUGAAAGUACUGUAGGUGAAGAGGUUUUGUUUUGAAUGGUCGUAGGGUUUAAUUGACAGUCAUCUUCUUGCCAUCACCGCCACCAACACCACCACUACCACCACCACUGUCAUCAUCAUCAUCAUCAUGAUGUCAAAACUGAUCUUUAGCAGAUUUUAUUCCUCUCUUUCUAGGCCUGAUUUGUUGUAAAAAAAAAAACUAGUGCAAUUUUUUUAAAACUAUUAUCUACAGCGUAUACAGCAAGGACAUGUACAUUUCUAUUUGCUUUUGUAGGUAUUUUCAGCGAAGUUCUGAAGUGCUGGAAAACAUGCGAGGCUAUUUAGGGGAUCUUGCUGCAAAUCUUCAACAGGUAAGUGGCUGGUAUUUACUAUUUUAUGCCUCAGAGAGAAAAGGCUAAAUUUGUUAAGGAGGACUGGCUUGUAAAAAUUGAUUUGAAAGAAAUUCAUGUAAACGUUUAAUACUUAGACUAUGUUCAUACUAUACCGGUUCGCUUUUCAUGCCGACAAGGAACUAAGUAGCCUGAGAAAACAGACGACAUUUCGCGACGCCACCGGUGGUUUCCCCGCGAAAUGACGUCUGAGAAAUGAGCGCAGAAGUUCCAUACUAAUGACAUGUCAUUACCCAGAUCUGGCUUGUGCUUCUGAUUGGUUGUGCCUCGUGGGAAAUCUGCUUCAACCAAUCAGAAGCACUACCCAGAUCUGGGUAGUGAGGCGUCAUCAGUACGGAAUUUGUGCACUCAUUUCUCAGACGUCAUUUCGCGGGGAAAACACCGUUGGCGUCACAAAAUGUCUCAGGUUAGGAAUUAAGCUAUCCAGUAUAGUAUGAACAUAGACUAUCCGCUGGGCGAGAUCAGCGCUGCGCAGCUUCACUUUGUUACAGAAAUCGCGCUAAAACCACUGUUCUUAUUUUAUGUGUGAACAAAAGCCCUGUCUGUUGUGGUUUUCGUGCUAGGGCAAAAGCUAUUGUGAACAUAGCUUUAAGAUUCUAAUUUUUUUUUUUAAAAUUUUAUUUAUUAAACAAAAGUACGUUACAAUACUUACAAUUGUGCACUUAGAUAAAUGUUCCUGUAUUGGUCAUUAAAAGCUUCUAAUAUUGCUUUAGGUUUGUUCUCUCUCGGAUGAAGUCCGAACCGGAGUUGGAUUCAAAAGAUUCCUAUUUUCCGAUUCCCCUUAUGAGUCCAUCGCUUACGAUCUAAUGAAAACCAGAUUGUUGGAGUCGGAAACAGAGGCAGAAGGAUAAACCAAUCACAAUGCUUGUUUUUACGCUUUGUGAAUUAUUGGCUUAUUAUUAGUUCUUCGGCUACUGCUCUCGACUCUCACAACCUAGCUAUAGGGUGGAUUCGUUGGCAGUAAAUGCCAUCUCAUUUGUCUGUGGAAUUUUUUUAUUGUUUUUGAGCUUAAAACAAUAAAAAAUUCCAUCGGUCAAAUGCGAUAGCUAUACGCUUAUGCUGGAAAUAAAUCCACUCCUAUUUUUUACUAGGUCAUAAGCGACGGAGUUAGAAUUAAGCGUAGUUGGAAAGCUAUUUUUUCGAGAUCAUGACGCUUUUUACUUCUGGUCACGUCACUCCGAGUCCGGUCUCCGUUGCCAGUGAAAACCAACCUUUUCCGAUCUUUAUGGAGAUCCUAGGUUGACUCGGGGGGAGGCUAGGGGUACUAGAGCAAUAUUUGGGUAUAGGUGAGCAGCUGAGGGUUUGAAACCCUGACCCUGUUUAGGACUAUAUCCUCAAUUCAGGGUGCCUCAAUUUUAUGACCCUGUUUAGGACAAAGGAGAAAAUGCAUGUCAUCUUGUGUUAAGCCAUUUAUUGGCAAUUGCAAUAGAGCAAUUGGGCCAUACUCGUAGGUUGUGUAUACUUUGAGUAUAAACAAAUUUCAUCCUGUUUAUAAUUAGGAAAGACUCGCCAUACCCUGUCCAGGGGCACAUCCCCAUAUGGGCCAUUGAGGGGUUUCCCCCGGGGGGGUACUUAACCAACCUCAUGUCAUUACGUUAUUUUUUCUUCGUUCGAAUAGUCAGGUUUAUAUAGCUUCACGUUGCAUUCCCUUGUUUAGUAAUGCUAAAUCUUGUUAUAAUUCGUGUCAAUUUUUAUUUAGCUAAGAGCGCAACAGGACGAAGAGAGAAAGGAAUUAAUUGAGUUAAGAAAUGAAAUCAAAAGCCAACUACAACCAGAAAAAGAUGUGAGUAAAUAAUUCAUUUUCCGACAUAAGCCGGACAAACGAAGUUUAUAAUUUCCCAAUAAAUUCGGGCGUAAAGACUUUUAUAAAUGUUUACUUUCCUCCGACCAAGCAAUCCGGAAUUUUCGAAAGCUCAACAAAUUGUACUGAAAUUUCGAGGGAACGUUUCUUGGGAAAAAAGGGUUCUGAAGAUUUCAAGUUCCGGGUUCAAAAUCAAAUGGAAUGGAGAUCAGUUUCACAGAAAUAAACUUGUGAGAACAACUGGGUACACCUCGUGAGUUUAUCCUAUUUUUUUAAAAAUAAAAAGGAGGAAACACUGUUUAUAAUAAAGUUGAAUUUGAAAGCGGUUCAGUCCCACCUCUCCAAACCCUGGGUGCCAGAGACUUUUCUAGCGCGGUUUCCGGCCUUGGGCCAACACCGAAAAUUCCCGCUGCACGCGAGAAAAAACUCUGGUACGCAGGGUAACCUCUCCACAACAUCCAGCUUAAAGACAGAAGAAAGUGACCGUUGUAGACAGGUUUAAAGAAGAGCCAGUGUAUGAACUGUCCACCAACUGGCCGUUACUGGAGAUGUGCCGGCUGAUAGUGGAGAGGUGGCUGUUAGUAGCGGUUCAACUGUAUUUUUUUCGGAGUGAAAAUUGGCCCAUCUCGAAUCUUUAUACCAGUUUAGUUUUGCGUGUGUUUUUUAAAAUAAAUGUUUGUUUUACUAGUCAUCACAGAGCAAGGCAGGCUACAGCUUACAUGGACAGCAAGGUGAUAAAAUGCAUGGAAAUGAAAAAGCUGGAUUUCUACUAAAGCGUAGCGAAGGGUGAGCUUAACUUUUACCAUAACUCUUUACGAAAAAGUUACUGCAUUGUAUUGUUUAGUGUCGUAUUGUAUUGUUUUUGUUAUUACCGAUCAAGUGCAACACUUUAGUCUUGAAUAACAUGUAUGGAUGUUAUCAUCAGAGUCUAAGACCCUGUUUACAUGGAGUGGGGGACCCCGGUCUAGCCUAGUGGGGUAGGUUUCUUUUGUUUUAUGUCCCCCAGAGCGUGAAAACAAAAGAAACCAACCCCACUUGACCUGGGUCCCCCACUCCAUGUAAACAGGCCCUAAAGCGCAGUAGCUAUGUUUCUGCGUGGCUUGAAUUGUUAGCGAACGAAAGAAAGUGUUAAACGCCUCAACUGAUUGGAGGCUUCUUGAUAUAUAUGUUGUGUUUCAAUUUUAUCCUUGGUUUAAAUUUUAUAUCCUUUGUUUUUGGGUAUGGUAAUGUAUGAUAAUGAUUUGAAAACAAAGGAAAAUGAAAAAAAAAUGCAACAACAACAUAUGAUACGCAUACGUGUAUGCCGCGGUAAUAGACCUAUUCGGCUAACUCAAUGUUGUACCCAAUUCAAACCCUUUGGGAAUAAAACGUUUUGUUUAAGGAAUUUCCAUAUCAUUUAAAUGUGAAUGCCACAUUAUAAUGCAAAUACAAUACACAAAGAAUCUUAUCCCCGAGAGAUUUGAAUUGGGUACAACAUUGAAUUAGCCGAAUAGGUCUAUUAGAGCGAUUUUCGUAUGACAUUGAAAUGAAAACGUACGAACAAAACAGAAACAACAGAUGAACGGAAAUAGAGCAAUUUGAUUGGUUUAUCGAACGGAUACAAACGCACGUGGCUUUUUGUUGGUAAGCAAACGCUCACGUGAAAAAACUUCAUGCCCAAGAACUUUCUAGAAAUCAUUCGAUACUUUGCUUUGAAGUCAUAGUGCAACCAACACGAUUGGCCGAUCGAACAAUGCCUUCUCCAUAUUUAGUAGGGUUUUCUUUGGCGGGAAAGCGAAGAGUCCAUGUUUUGGUCUUUUCAUCCAUUGGCUAAUAAAACAAAUAACAAACACUUACUGAGCUAAUGGCGGCACUUCUAGCUUGAACGUGAAGCCGAGAAAAGUUUUGAAUUCUUAAGAAAUGUGUACGAUGUUUUACACAACUCCGACAAAACAGAAUUGGCACGAAUCAAGUUCUUUUCUUGCGUUUUCAUGGAAGAGAAAGAGAGAGACAAAAAAAGGCAAGGCCAUGUCCAGCAAUCUUGACCUGACAAGGACACGCUUAGUCACUUAAGGUGUGUCACCUUCUUAAUAUUUUUCUUUGUAUCUUUGUAUUUCAGUAUUCGAAAAGUUUGGCAAAAGAGGUAUUGCAUAGCCAAAGAAGGAAUGUUUACAUUAGCUCACUCACCGGUAAGAAUUUUCUCAAUAAAUAGCAAGAUUUUGCAGGUAUCCUUGAUAGGUUUGCUUGUGUGAUUAACCCAGAAACGUCUUUUUUGUAAAAGGCAGUAAAUAUUUAUUAUGGUUAUGACAAAUCGAAAGGUAGUGUUUGAGACACAGGUGAACCUGUGUCGAGGAAUUAUUCAACAAUAGAAUUUAAAACUUUUGAUACAAACAGGUGUGCUCAGCUAGAUAUCAUUUUUAUACAUUGAACUCACUAUCUGUAUUCUCAUUGGCUAAGAGCGUUCAGUUAAUUUUUGGAAAUCACCACAACCUACAGGUAAGAUAGUUAUCUGCUAGUAGAUAACUGACUGGUCCGUAGGUUGCACGCGUAGUGCAUGAUUUGUGAGAGAAAUGACUUCAAACUAUGCUCAGUGCAUCGGUGUGUUAAGAAAAUUGACACCACAAAAAAUUAAAAGUAAUUAUUAGAUUCGGUUUUUAUGAUAACCGGAAAAAUCUAGGUCUCGGUAAGUGCUAUAAACCUCGGCCAGACACUUAAUUACCCCGAUUUGGAUUAUUCGAGAUAUCACAAAAAACGCAUCCAAUAACUGUUUAGCAUUCGUUAACUUUACCUACCAAUCUCUAUACUCAUUUCUCGAGUACAAUUAAGUAUGGGUUUUACAACGGCUCGCCUUCCGCUGGCCAUUGUAAACGCCCAUACAAAUAUUCUGCACAUAUUUCGUGUGUAAGUCAUGAUUCUGGCCACGGUCUAACUUCCUAAAUGUGCUUUGUUUUUGUAGUCAAGUCGACCAACCCAAACUCUUAAUCUUCUUGUUUGUCAAGUAAAAGUAAGUAUAUAUCCGGCAAGCUGAGUUUUUAAAUAGAUUUAACUUAUAUUUAUGGUAGCAAAAAAUAAGCUUCCCAGUUAACGAGCCCUCCAAAUAUGUGUCCCUUCCCCCAAACUCUAAAUGCAACGAGCCUUCCUCCGUAUGAGAUCCCCGGGAGUAUAUAUUUGGGAAUUGCCCUGAUAUACAUAGCUAAACCGCCUUACAUGUACCAUACCGGAACAUUAUGAGACAAGCCCAGAUGUGCAUUUUCAUAUGACUGUUCAGGUUCAAUGAUCUAGGAUCCACCGUACAAACGGGGUAUGUCUCGAUUCUGCGAACACGUUGAUGGUUAGUUGUUGUGCUGCCAUUCAUGGUUUAUACGGUGUUCAUUUUUUUAAUGUUUUUGUUUUUUUGCUGUUGUGUUGUUUAGUCAAUGCUCCAACAUCAUUUAGUAUUAAUACUGUAGCCCCUUAAAAUAUAAAUCUCAUAAACACGGAUAUAAGCUCUGGAGAUUAUUGUCCAAUUUUUAUGGUAACCGAGUCAAAACUCUUAUUUUUUCAGGAAGAGGAUGGAAAGAAACAUACUUUUAACAUUAUAUCACGUAGGUUUUCAAUCUUUCAUAACAUUAUUUGCUCUGUAUAGGUUGGUGAUCCACGUUAUAUUUUCCUUUUACUGAUAGUAUCUAAGUAUUCUUAAAGUUCUUUCACAAGAAAAAAAAAAUUUGUCAAACUUUCAACGUCAUCCCUUCCACACUUAUUUUUGGAGGCACAAUCAAUAGUCCUUACUUACAGUCGACUCCCAGUAACUCGAACCCCCUAUGACUCGAACCUCCCCCUAACUCGAAGCAAUUUUCAUUUCCCUUCAGAACAUUUCCUAGGCCCUUGUUCCUAUACAAUUUUACCCUCGAUGACUCGAACUUUUUUCUGUUUCCCUUGAAGGUUCGAAUUAUCGGGAGUCGACUGUAUUUCGUAUUCUUUAGACUGAAUCCUACGGUGUAGUUGUUCACAUGAACCCAGUAUUUUCGUUCAGUACCAGGUUUUUCAGAGGUGAAAUUUGGGAAUUUUUGUCGUAUCCAAUUUAUUAUUAACCAUUAUUGGUUAUUAACCAUUAAUGUGCAAAAGCAUGAACUAAUGUUUGGUGAGGUUAAUUUAAUAUAUCAUCAUGACCAGAGGCCUACAGUUUGGCAUUUUGAGUAGACUGACUGAUUGAUUGAUUGAUUGACUGAUUCAUUGUGUUACAUGCUAAUUAACCCAUAAGCCAAAUUAUUAUAUGAUGGCAAUAUAAUGGUUUUACGAUUCUGAUUUUUUUUUGCAGACAAUAGAACGUAUUUAUUUCAAGCUGACAAUGAAGCCGAUUUAGAGACGUAAGUGGAUUACGUUGGUGCUAAACAAACAGACUAACUCGGACUGACUGAUGUUCAGUAAUAGUAAACCAAUUUAUCUUUGCGUUCAUGAUUUUCAGGUGGGUACAUGUUCUAAACAACAGUCGGACCGAAGCGUUGGAGAAGGCGUUCGGUGACAGUGACAAAGCCGAGGUACUCGUCUCUGUUGUUUUAGUCAUGAAAGAAGUAGUUCUACUCCACCCAACAAAUCAUUUCAGUAGCUGAAACGUCGCCAAAAAGAUGAAUUCGUGUUUUUUUAAUCUUCAUCGCGAUUUCUCCUAGGCACUAACUUUGACAAUUGUAGGUGAAUCCUUCUAAAGUUGACUAGACCUUUUUACCGAUACGGCGGCCAUGUUGAAUUAAUUCGAUCUAAAGGAGUAUUAUGGGAUGCCCAGGGGGCAUGAGCACGAUCCGUUAUAUUCACUUGGUAUUAGAAAUAUGGUCUUUCACUAUAUAUUUCUCGGGAAAAAGGCGAUCAUUAUUACAUCCAAACACUGCACAACGAUCUUUUUUCCCAUUACAAUCUUAUUCUAGGAAAACUUUAAGAAAAAGGCCCCCGUUAAUACGAACCGAAUAUAUCGGAAUGUGCUCAUGCCCCCUGGGCAUCACAUAAUGCUCCUUAAAUCUAACGAAUUCUCUUUGGCCGCCGUAUCGGUAAAAAUGUCUAUUCAUUCAUUUCAUUCCUAAGAACCAUAUCCAAGUUCAGAAAGAGAAAGGAAAUUUCGUCGUCGCUUAUGUACUUCCUCUGUAAAACGUGAAAUAAGGCAUUGUUACGUCGUAGUCGUGCAGUGACGGUAAAGAAAUGUACAAAAAAGCGUGAUGCAUGUGAAAAAUUGUUGUUUUUGUUUAUUGAUCCUUUUGCUUUUUUGACGUCCUCGUUGCCGUCCCUAAUAUCUGUAGUUUUAGAAAUGAAUCAACUGCUUCACGUUCGCUAUUGUUUUUCGUUUUUCAGUCAGAAGAGAACUGCUCUGUAGUUAGCAACCUGAAAGAGGUAAUAAAUGUUUUUUGCUAAGACGCAUUUCUGAUUUGGUUCCAUUUUUGAUAACCUGCUAAGUUACAUCAAAGGAAGACAUCGAGGGGCUUUGUCUCUAGGAUAUUGCUGUUUUUGGUCAAUUCUGUGCUGAAGUUAACUAAAGGUUCUUUCUACUAGCCUCCUUCCCAGGCUCCACUCGGCUCCAAUCAUCUCCACUCGCUUGCUGCCCGCUAGAAUAUAAUAGAACUGUAAGUAACUGCACGGUCAUACCUUUUACAUCUAUAUUUUGUCCUGUUAUCAGCUAAGGCAGAGUAUUGUGUCCCAAGUACGGCGUUUGCCAGGAAACGACACUUGUGCGGACUGUUCUGGGAAAGGUAAGAAACAAAAACCGCUGUAAUUUUUAAUGGAAUUACGCUGUGCAACCUCAUAAAUUAUAUUGUUAAAAACUGAAUCAUUGGAUAAUGCAAUUCUAGAGCUCUGAUUGGCUUAGCCAUCAUGGUAUGUGAGCCAUUAUACCAUGCUCUCCAAAUAUGGUAACUGUAUGCGUCUUCUCAAAGUUAAAAACAAGCUGAAAAUCGGUUGUUUUUACAAAUAAAGUCUGGAAGAAUUCUCGAUAUUUUGUGAGUGUUUUUAAUAAAAUAAUUAUUCCACUCGCGCUCGUUGGAUAUGAGAUGAUUAUAGCCAACCAGGAGCCCUGAGCCAACUCAUAUCCAACACGCACUCGUGGAAUAAUUAAGUAAUAGAAAACGUUUUCCGUGUUUGCAUAGUCUGAUAUAAACACGAGAGGGGUUGGGAGAAUUCGAGACAGUUAUGCAAACCCGAGACGAAGUCGAGGGUUUGCAUAACUGUAAUGCAUAAUGCACCUUAUUUGCCCCCCAAAAUUUUUCAUAACCUUUGUUUUUCAUUUCUCCUGGAUAUUACCGGCAGCCGUCCCAAGAGAAAUUGAAAAUAAUCCUUAUGCACAAUUUUGGGGGGCGAAUAUGGUGCAUUAUGGGAAAUGGCUCCGCCGCCCUGUCUCUCCCCAGCCCCCGCGCGUUUUUCGCAUUUCUUUUUACUGAACGACUUUUCACCACCAUCUCGGAGCCUGGAACAGGCUAAUGUGGAAGUGGCGUACGAGUCCGUGAAAAAGAGUCCAUGUUGUUAAAAUGUUGCUUGAAAUGGGAGUAUUGAAGUUUCUCACAGACGGUACUUACUUUUCUUUUUGACAGAUCCCACGUGGCUGGCCACUAAUCUCGGGGUUUUGCUGUGUAUAGAGUGUUCUGGGAUUCACCGAGAUAUGGGAGUACACAUCUCUAGAAUACGAUCCAUUGAACUGGACAAACUCGGCACUGUUGAAUUACUAGUAAGUUCAUGGCCAGCCGUUGCCCAUUUUAAGGCGUUGUGCUUAUUUUUUGUGUUGUUUUAAGUGCCUUACACCAAAGACUGCGUGACAAAAUUUUGAAUUACUAAACUGUAGGUUAUAGAAUACUUGAAAUAGAUUUUUUUGCUUUCUUGUAUUAACAGCAAGCGAAAGCAGUAGGAAACGGCGGAUUUAAUGAAAUUAUGGAAGCCACUUUAGACUACAACGAAAAACCAACAUCUUCAAGUAACAUGUGAGUUAUUUAUUUCCCUUUGGUUUUGAACAAAAAUAUUAACAGCACUCAGCUUUGUGUGAUGUUUACCAUGACCUUUUAAUUUCCUUUUCAGGGAUGAAAGGAAAGAAUUUAUUCGAGCGAAAUACAUUCAACAUAAAUACGCAAUAAAAUCAGGGGACAACGAGGAAAAAAUACUUCAGGUGCGUUUGUUGCGGGUCGCUAUUCUCCGAGAAAGAGUUACUUCCACGCGUGGUGCUAUCUGUACACAGAAACUUCAUGUUUUGAUCGGAUAAAUUGCUGCUUCACAAAGAUAUUUAUAGCUUCCUUUGUUUUUGAUAGGAGCUUCACCAAGCUGUCAAAUCUAAGGACAUCUUAGCGGUUUUACAAGCGUUUGCUGAAGGAGUAGAGCUCUGUACACGGCUUCCUGGUCAUGUAAGUCUUAAAAACGUGUAACUUAGCUACAGGGAACGUUCUGGAAAACCUAUACCAGCAUCACUGGUAUCACGUAAACGCGAUUGUUUGGCAGCGGUUUCAGACAUCUCCGCACACGCUAGGGGUCGGUUGCUUGUCUUCCUAUCGUCUUCCCAGGAUUUUUCCAAAAUGGUGGCAAAAGUCAUUUUUUUGUCCUUCUGACAAUUCACCCUCAAUUCCCCCUUUCAAGGCCGUAAAAGCAAUUUUGAAUUCUGCAGGUGCAACUGAGGCAACAAGGGCAAAUUAACAAAAAUAUAAAAAAAAAAUAAAAUUGCCUCCAUUUUUGAAUAAGGUGUACCUUUCUAUGCUUGAUAUGUAUGCCUUCUGACGGUCUGGGUGUUUCUCAGUGUGGCGAAAGCUAUUGUAGGUUAGCGACUUUAUGAUGCAGCGAAAAAACUUGUGGCGUAACGACUUUGCAACGAAAUGACUUGCAGCGAACGACUUUGUAGCGAAACAACUUCAUUGUGCGGCGAAGCGACCGUAAACCAUUGUGUUGUGGUGUGCGUAUCGUUCCCUUUCUUUUCAAUCUUUUGUAUGACGUAAUUUUGUGAUUACACCCGUCCGCAAUAUCAAGAAACUACAACACCAACAUUACAUUACAUUUUUUUUUGUCCCGGCUAGCCGAAAAAUGCCACAGCUCUUCAUGUAGCUGUUGAACAGGAGGACUUGACAUCCCUUCAUAUCGUCGAUUUCUUAGCACAAAAUUGGUAAGUCAGUAUUAAUGUUUUUAUUUUGUAAAUUUAAGGUACUUGUCAUAUACGUAAUACCUAAGUAAACUAUAUUGUAAUAAAUAGGAAUGCCAAAGUUCCAUGUAUUCCCCAACAUUGGUAGUUGAAGCAUCUUUAAAUGUUAAAAAGGAGACUUGACGUCCAUAAUUUACUCUGACUUAACCUCACAGAGUUAACGAAGGAGGUUUGUAGGGUGGAUCUCUUGAUUCUAAAGACAAAAUCCUUUGUGGUGACUAUCCAAAUGAAACCUCUUAGGUGGUACUUUGAGAUGGUCAUGUACUAUUUACUUGGUACGUAGUUAUAACUUUUCAGUCUCUAGACGAUCUGUCGCGUUUAGUUACGUUUGUAAGUGUGUGUUUGGCUGGAAAACAGCGUCGCAAUUAACAGAACAAGCACAAGGAUCUUGAGUUUUCCAUUUCUUGUGCUCUUGUAGUAAUAAUGUAAACGUAGAAGACGAGGACGGCAACACAGCGCUUCACGUGGCCUCUCUGUCUAGUAAAACGGAAUGCAUGAGGGUCUUGAUAAGAGCUGGCGGCACAGAAAGUCUUGGCGUAGGUAAGUUCAAUUUAGGUCCAUAUUUCUUAUCAGUUUUAUUUUACCAUUUCUCUUUUUCAAAAGAGUCAACGUCUGGCUUCUCAGCCGUUUCUUGGCCUGAACAGUUAUCAGCGUGCUACAUUGACAACAACCACGUGUUCUCAUUUCACUGACAGCGUUUUCAUUAUUCCGCGCGCUCGACAACACUUCACCUCUAACCUCUUGAUUUAUUUUCCCCCACCCAACUGUAGCCAAUUGCGCCAGCCGUUUGUGUUCCAUCCUUAGCAAGUGCUACCAGCUAGAUGCUCUCUACCAAUUCCUUUUUGUCUGUCUUUGACACCCUCUCGCAACGGUGGCAACGGCUUCAUCUUUUCGCGCGCUCCACACCACACUUUUUUUCCCGCGCUUAAUUCCAACCCUACUUUUCCCGCCAGUGGCAGCAUCCCAUGCUUUCUUGCGCGUGCUCAUGGCAAACUUGCACACGUAUUUGCAAUUUGGUUGGUUCGUAGUUGUGGUUUUAUUGCUAUUGUCCUUUUUGAUGUCUUAGUUUCCACUUUCCAAAUUUGCCUAAAUAGACCGUAUUGUUUGCAUUUUUUGUCAGAAAAUAAAGAAGGGAAAACACCCAUGGACAUUGCUAAAGGGACAGGGCACGCAGAGGCUAUUGAACUGGUAAGUAGGAGAGGAUGUUUAUUAGCGAGUGGUCAUAAGUUGUAAUUCAGGUUUACUCAAGAUCAUCACAGGCGUUCCCCCUUGAGAGCUGAACCAGCGAGCCUUUCGUAUAACGCAUCUACUAAAUGCACCUACUUGCUGCACUGAAUUACGGUGCCUACGUAAACCUCGUAAGCCUCGUGCAAGCGGACGCAACCUUGUUGGCCAGGCAACUCCCAACAUUGUUGGGAGUCGUUGCGUCCGUUUGCACGUAGCUAAAAGUUUGAUCGGCUUCAAACUUCGCGUCUCCCAACACACAAACAACAUGCAACAGGGUGUGGAAACGGACGCAGGAUGUAACGUCCAACAAUGUUGGGAGUUUUUGGUCAUGUUGCGUCCGUUUGCAGGGGGCUUCAUAUUUAAAACACUUCGAAUUUACCUAGGGGUUCGACUGUAGGUGGUAAUAAUCCUGUCCUUUUUUAUUUUUCAGUUAAAACAGAGUGCUUCAGAUAAACUGGGACAUUGUGAGAAUGUCAAGAUAGACUGGGGUCUAAACGAAGUAAGAGUUUUUCAUGAAGUAUUCAAAGAACAGAACCAGAGAAAAAUAAAAAUUUCAUGGAAUGAAUUAGACUACGAGUAGUCCCCCAUUUUUCCUCAGGGAUAGUAGUAGAGCGAGCGAAACGCGAACGCGCGUGAAAGUCACCCCACGCGAGAAAAGGCGACUCGUAGUCUAGGAAUGAAUAGGCCACUUUCGAGUUCCAAAAAUGCUUGCUUUCAAAGCGAGGCUAAGUGCAAAACCUCUCUUGUGAAAAUGAGUUUUAUGUGCAUGAGUAUGAAAAAUUCAUUUUCAUAUCAAUGGCUUCGCACUUAGCCUCGCUUUGAAACAGAGGCUUCUGGCAACCUGGAAAUGGCCUGUCAGCACGUUACCUUAUUUGGUGGCUUUUUGAGAAGUACUGAGCACCUAUUACGGUGAUUUAUUGCGAUUUCUUUGUUUUUCAGGCUGAUGGAAUUUACGAUAAUCCCUUAGAUUUAAUGGAUAUCAAACCUGAAUUUAGUGACGAGGAGUCGUUGAAUGACUCAAACACUGAGCCGAAGGUAAAAAGUGAAGCACUUUGAUCAGAUACGAGUCGCUAGAAAGGCUACAGACCCUUGACGCAUGACGUCACGUCCGCAAUGUUGGUGGCCAUGUUGAUGGGUUAGCGUUAGAUAACAUCCAGUGAAACCAGAUUGAACACCUUAUGAAUUUUACACAACGCAUUAUUUCCAUAAUGGAACGAGACUGGAAUGUAGAAUGAGGCUAGAAUAGCUGAAGAAACCAAAACUACAGAGCGUCAAUUAUGGAGAGAACACAGUAGAGAGUUAAGCACUGAACUGAAAACGGUUAGGUUUUAAAUAUCGUAAUGGGGUACGGCAUAAGAACAUGUAUAUUUUAAAAAUUAUUGGAUUUGGCAGCUAGUCCUCGAUGGUGUAGUUGAUAUGGAUGUAGGCUAUAAAGCAAGUGACCCGGGUUCAAAGCAUUACAGUGGAUUUUUUCUAUUUCAUUUUAUAUUACACAGUAAUAUAAAACAAGUUGUUCUUCAUGUAAUUUUACUGAAAGAAACAAUCUGACUUCAGCCGAUGUUACCUAAUGCUAACCAUGUUGGAUGUCCCAAACCAGUCCUGUGGGAUUUGAACUCUUUUAAUAUUUAAACGCAUUCUUUUGUUCCAAUUGAUUGACAUAGCUGCUGGUUACGUGACUAAAACAGGUUUAUAUCCUUAUAGAUCGUUUUCACUCACGUGGUCUGCAACUUUGUGAAUUUCUUGUAACAAAAGAAAAAUUGUUCAAUACCUACAGGACCCAUAUGGAAACCAACAUGGCCGCCGUUUCAUUGUUUUUUUUUUACACAAAUAUGGCCGCCGUGACGUCAUGUGAAAACGAUCUUUAGUGGAACGUCGAUUUAACGAACUUCUAUGUAACGAAAUCCUCGGUAUAACAAGCGAUUUUCUUCAGCCCAGUAACGGUGAAAUAUAUGGAAAAAACCUUAAUGUAACGAAACCUUGAUAUAGCGAACAUAUUGUGCGCGUCCCUUUGGCCAUUCCGCAAGGAAUUCUUUCAGUGGAAAUUUUUCAAUAGAUCCACUUAAGUUCAUGCAGAUGUUUUGGUAACAAGCGAUUUUUUUUAUUUUGUCAGGUUCAGUCCAGUCCUCCCACUCCUCCGCGCCAUCGGCGUCAUUUACCAACCCGACCUGUCAGUCAAAUGAUCCUGCCGGGGACGGGGUUCUUGAAAGGAAUUCCGGGGCCUCCAGGAAUGAGCCCCCUGGUGUCGGGUCUUUCACUCGACUCACCUUCGAAAGAUAAACUUUCCGGGGGUUCGCCUCUCGUAAGACGGAGGGCACCCGUUCCCCCCUCAGGAGAAACAGUCGCUGUUAAUGUGCGAGCGAGUAUGUUCGUUCCCUCAACAAACUCAGAGAGCACGUUUAAUUCUAUGGCAAGUACCUUUGGUCACGGACCUAAAACGAAAACGUAAGUUUUUUUAGAAGUGGAGCAUUCAAUGAAAGAACGUUUUUCUCGGUUAAAGAUGUUCUGUUUAAAGAUUGAAACAGUUAGCCACUGUCGAUACUUCUGUCAGGAGUUUUUCAAAGGAAGACCAAAUCAUCGUUAUCAGGAGCUCAUAACUAGCAGUGAACAAAAGCCAUUUCCGAGUUCCAAAAACUCUCACUUUCUAAAUGAGGCUAACUGCAAAACCUUUCUUAUGAAAAUCAGAUUUAUUUGCAUGACAAUGACAAAAUCAUUUUCAUGUCAACCUCACUCAGCCUCGCUUUGAAACAGAGGCUUGACGUGACUGGGAAACGGCCUAUUCUCCUGUAUUCAUGUCACACGGUUUUCACAGACCAGUCUAUUUCUUGAUCGAUUUUGCCGCGAAUUUAGAAUAACGUACCCGUCAGCCAAAAAAGGUCGGAAAAUGACUUUAUUAACGUUUUAAAGGUCUUUAGUUUUUCAUAUACCGUAUUUAUUCGAAUAAGCGCCCAACCUCGAAUUAGCGCCCACCCCCACCCCACCCCAUCUCCCUUCCACUCCCACUCAAACUCAAAUAAGCGCCCACUCCCUUCCCGCUACCACCCCCAAAAAAGGAAUAAGUACUAAUUUGAGACUUCCCCGAAGACGGAGUUUUCUUAAGAGUGUUUUGCAGAAACCUUGCUUUGUUACAUCUUCGCGUUUUGUUAUUACCAUUUACUGCUUUCUUGCAAAAUAUACAUACUACACUUGUUGAAAAUCGUGAAAAUUUAAUAAGCGCCCAGCCUCGAAUAAGCGCCCACUCUCAAGGUCCAAAAAUAUAAUAAGUGCCCAGGGCGGUUAAUCGAAUAAAUACGGUAUGGCUCUACGCUGCCUAAUCAUAUGUAUUGGAGUUUUCAUUUUUUAGGUGUUCUAAAAUUGUGUUAAAUAAACUGGGAAAGGCCGGAAGAAUAUGCUUAGUGCGGAAGUUGCUUGCUCCCGAAAGUGGCCACCUGUCACAAAUUCCCUUUACAAAAUAAACGUCUUAUAACUUCCUCUGUUUUUAUUUUCAGUGCUGAUGAUGUUGGUGAUUUAUCCGACUCCCCACCCCCUGUUCCCCCAGUCCGCUGCUCCUCUGUCAGUCGAGAGCGAGAUAAACGUUUCGGCGUCGAUAUCCCUUUUCCCCCUCUACCUGCCAAGCCAAAGUUCGACGAUACAGGGUCAGCCGUCAAAGCUUCUCCACCGGAACUCCGAACGCGGCCUCCCCCUGAGGUUGUCAAUCGGCGAGCUCCACCUGUUCCUCCCGCCCCUAAGAGACUAGGGGAUACAAAGCCCGCCGCUCCCCCGCUUCCCAUGCACCGGAGGUCAAAAUCCGAAGGAAGAUCCCCCUUUGGUGAGGAAAUCCCGUCUGGUCCGGGAUCAGUUCUGAAGCUUCCUGUGGAGAAAAAGCUUUCGGAUCCUGCAGACGCUGUAGGCAGAGACGUAACAGAUAAUCGUCCCCUACCUCCUCCGAGGCCCAUUAAACACGGGUCAGUCCGAGUGACGUCAUCUCCUUCACUUGUAGCCAAAGAAGAUUUAACACCAAGGUCAGCAGUGAAUUAUUAAGUGAUAUUGUACUUCAUGUUUAUUCAUUGAAUUGUCUUCUGUUACUGAAUUGUGUGUUGUUUUGCCGGCAGGUUCGCCACUCUACCUCGCCCUCCUCCACCUCGACGAUCGGGAUCAGAAUUAUCCAGCAAAACGUCGUUCUUAGGUAGGUAGACAAAUGAGUUUAAAUUCCCCCUUAAGCAUAUGUGCUGUAGUGCACUCGCUGCAUUAGCCACGCGGUUAUGAAAUGCAGGAAAUUAAGUUCUUUAACCGGAUUAUUUUGACAGACAAAAAGUGACCUCUAACGGCCACUAGACACAAAAUCGAAUCCAUAUGGAAUAAAUCAUAACUAGCGGUGGAAAGCAUGCUCAAUAGGGCCAAGCGCAGACAGACCUUUGCUGUCGUCACGCGUUGAAGAUAGUAAUUUAUGUGAAGCUUGGUAGAGCGUGCUAGGGAGGAAAUAAGCGCGGGAAAAUCGUGAAAUUUCUGCCAAGCGCGGGAAAAUAGACUGGCAACCGGUGCUUUUUGCCGCGAAACUUGAAAUAAGUGGGAUAGAGUAGUGCGUUAAGCGCUAGUACACGUGCUUAUUGUGGUGGUGGGUGUGAAUCUUUUAUCAAGCUUUUUAAGCAUUUUGCCUCUAUUGGAUCGUAUUCAUUCACUUGGUCAGCAGCUGUCGUAUUGCUUGGAACAAAAGAAAGUUUUCCUUGAGUAAAAGAAAAUUGUUCAAUCCCAAACGAUUAUUUUGGUAGAUCAACAAGGCCGCUGUUUCAUUGUUUUGAACACCAAUAUGGUAGCCUUGACGUCAUGUCAAAACGUUCUAUACUCUGUGAUAUCUUGAAUUUGGCUGGUAUGACUCUAAGACCUCUAAUUUUGGAGCUCAACAAACACAAAACCGAAAUUGCUUAAUCCAUAUUUAUUGGAUUCUUAUGGAAAUAUCACAUUCACGUGAUGUUUUUUAUUUGUAUUGUAGUAAACACAGAAAGCGAAAAUAGUAAUCAAGGUCAAAUACCCGCUGAAGAAAAAGAAAGUGUCACCGUUCCAGACAAUCCCAUUCCAGAUCUUCCGCCAAGAUCACACAGAACCCUGUCGGUGAGUAUCGUGGUGUAGUUUUUUUACAAUACUCUUUCAGGUUGUCCGGUCCUUACAAGGUUUCUUGGCAGUCGAACCUGAACCGCAGAAUCCAGAGGAGCUCAGUUUGUCAUGGGAACAUCCAAAACUGUGUUAAAAACCAUACACAAUAGCUAUUUCGACAUUUCCGUUACACAACAUAUACACCUACUUCAAGUAAGGUUGCUCCCGUGAAACACAGUGAAUAAUGCAAACUCGUUAAAAAUUUUCGAUUUUUGCAUAUUGCCACAGAGCAAAACCUAAACUCAAAUCAGACGAAGAAGCCUAGGAUUCAGUGUUUUGAAAUACUUUGUGUUAACAUUCUACUCACAUAGCAUAGUAGCGUCUGUAACGUUUGCUGCAUACUGGGUUUCUAGGCUCGUCGUGGAUGGGCACAUGAUUUACUAAACGUGCUCCUACAAUGCACCGCGGGCCAUGAAACAUGGAUUAUGCAUCAUCUAUCAUGCAUCAUUCCACGCCGAAACAACCUUGAUAGCCCACGUUCGAUAUAUUUUUAAGUUCUAAUAUGACUUUAUGCCUCUCUGGUCAUUUUUCUAAAUUUGGUUUGGCCUUCUUUGUGCUCAAGUCUCCUCUGCGAAUUGCGAGACAAUGGAGUCAUGAAAACAUUGCAAUUUUGUCCCUAAAGCCUCGGAGUCGUAUUAGAAUUUUAUUAUAUCGAACGUGGGCUAUUUAAAUUGGUGUAUACCUGCAAGAUUGGCUUCGGGUAACGGUUUUGGCUCCCGCAAGGAAAUGGCUUUUGGUUAAAUUUGUAUUCAAAAUGGCAGUUUGUUUUGUAAGGAGAUUUGUUUGAAAUGCAUCGAUUAAGAUCCUAUCGGGCUUAUUAUUUGGGUUUAUCAACGAGGAUUUAUAUUUUACCCGGUGAGACGUUAAUAAUUUAUUCGUAUGUUCCAAUAGACUACGAGAAGUCCCCCAUUUUUCCUCAGGGAUAGUAGGGCGAGCGAAACGCGAGCGUGCGUGAAAAUCACCCCACGCGAGAAAGGCGAGACGCGGUGGCUCUCCUCGUCGCCUGUCGCCUUUUCUCGCGUGGGGUGAUUUUCACGCGCGCUCGCGUUUCGCUCUACUAUCCCUGAGGACAAAUGGGGGACUACUCGUAGUCUAUAUGCUCCAACUGAACUCCUCUGGACCCUGACCCUGGGCCGGGUUGUUCUAAGCUGGGAUAAGCGCAAAAUCUUUAUCCAGGUAUGGAAGCUUAAAGGGGAAAUUUAAAUAAAUUCUACCCUAAAAAUGUCCAAAAGUGGAUUUAUGGGGAAAAAGAGUCAAUGAUCGUGGCUCCGCUUAAAUGCGUAAGCUUCUCUAGGCACAGGGCGUCGAGCGUGUGAGGGAAUAUGUAUUAUUGCGACACAAACUGCCGGCUGUCGUAUGUAAACUUCAAGGAUCACACUAUCCUUUCCUGUUGUCUACUUAGACUCCUUCGGGCCUUCCGCAACGAGUGCAAGCACUAUAUGACUGUGAAGCCGACAAUGACGACGAACUCACCUUCAUGGAAGGAGACAUAAUAUUGGUCAAGGGGGAGGGGGAGGAUGCCGAGUGGUGGGUAAGUAUCAGUUCUUCAGAUAUCCUGCAUUGCAGGCGUUUUCUUCCGCCAUGUUUCCUUUACAGUAACACCAGAGGAUAUUAAAGAUCGAAAGACUGCCGUUUCAGUAAGCGUUUCGAUCCUCAGGGAUAACAUAAUUGUCAAAUAGCUCAUGCAUGUUACGCGUCCUCGUGGUAUUUAAUUACGUAGCCUGGGACCCGGCUCCGCAUUGGGGGAAAAAGAAGAAAAAAAUUUGCGUGGCCAAAAAAAAAAAAUGCGGUGAGCGAAACGAGCCAGGGGGCAGUCUGGGGAGGGAAAAGGGUGGCGGGGUCUCUGCUGCACUUUCCCUCUUCCCAGGCCACCGCUGAGACCCCGUUUCUUACCUUUUUCCUCCCCUGCGGAGCCUGGUCCAAGGCUACGAAAGGCGUUGGUGAUACAGUUGCUUUAUACACAAUGAGCCAUUUGAAGUCACAUGGUAUAAAAACACCUCGCUAUAGAGCUAACGACUCGGUGAAAUCUGGAAGGAAAGGAAAUGAACUUUUCAAAUGAUGUACCGUAAAUCCUCGUUUAAACCCCCCCGUGGGCUUGUUUCUUUCAAGCUCGUUUGAGGGGAGGAGGCUUUAUAGAGAGGAAGGGGGCUUGAUUUAAUGAAAUGGGGCACCAUACUGUUUUUCAAACAACCAGAAGAUGGUGUCAGUUCUCCUAAAAGAACUACAAUAGGACGCAAAGUGGAAAUGCUCAAGCACGUAACGUUAGAGGUCUUGCAGCCAAUGAUCCGAACUUCCAGCAUAUGAAUAAACUAUACCGGAUCAGUCUAUCUUUUGUCAAUUUGGUAGUGAAGAAUCAACCUCGUUCCCCGGGUGCUCUCCUACUUGUUCCCAUGGAUAGGAGAGAGAAGCUGGGAACGAGGUUUGUGAAGAAUAAGGAGGAAGUGGGGGUUAAAAGAGAGGAGGUAGGAAAGGCUUGAUAGCUUUCUUUCCCUGGAAAGAGGAGAAGAGCUUUUUAGAGAUUGAGAGGGCUUAUUUGUGAGAGGGGCACAAUAGAGGACCCAAUGCGUUAUCCCACGUGACUGUUAAGCUGUCAAGUGCCCAUUGUGAUCGAAGAUUAUUCUUUGUUUUCUUCGUAGCUGGGGGAGAUUGAAGGGCAUCCAGGAAAAACAGGAGUUUUUCCAGCAAGCUUUGUCAGGGUUCUCUCCCAUUGAUGUCUAUAAAACAUAGAAGAGAGUCACAAAUCGUCCACAUAAAUCCUUUGUCUUCUCAUGUGGUCAGGCAUCAAUAGUCACGCAAGCAUUAUCACGCAAACUCGUGACGUCUUCUUCGCAAUUUUCAAAGGCAACAGAAAAAACCUGCAUUUCUUGCAGUUGUGAGCUAUUUUUCUAAACUUCAUACUUUCACCAGAUUGUUUAAAGCUGCAAAAAAGAAAAUUCUUAUUUUUUUUAUUUCGACAUACUUUUUUUUAAUAAUAAGCUUAUUAUAUCCGCAACUUUUCUCUACUUAACAGAGAUGAAAUUUGACCUGGUGGUAUUUUUACAUUUUAAAAUCAUAUUUAUCUCAAGAACGCCUUUUUAUCAAAUAAUUUUGGUGCUUCUGUCCCUAAUCAAACAAAAUUACAAUUGCAUCGUUAAAUCCGUUUUCUUGAUUUUGUCGAAAACAUUUAGAACUUUAAUUUAUUUGUAAAUUGAAGAGUUUAAGAAAUUGGUAGGUUUUAAAGGGAAUCUAUGCCAUUAUUUCUGUGGAAAAUAAGUUACCUUUCGCUUGGGAUAUGUUUGGGCAUAUUUUAGUUUCAGUUAGGUUUUAUUUGUACAAAAGUAAAGAGUGAAAGUUUUAGCAAAAAGAGUGAAAGUUGUAGAAGAAAGAUUUUGAAUGUUCCAGCCCAAAAUUGUUAAGUGGGGUAAAUUAUUUGGGGAAGAUUAAUUUCGAGGAGGAAAUCUUAAGUGAAGCCAUUUAACAAAUAGACUGUAGCUUGGAAUUGACUGAGACGAUUAAGUACAACAAGCACAACGAACAAACCAAAAAGAACUGACAUUGUGAACUACACAAUCUAGCACUAAGUAGAUUUCUCCUUUAUUAACUCAAAGUGAUGAAUUUGGAGAUUCUUUUUUCCUUUGAAUGGCUUGAAAAUCUAUUUCCCUGAGAUACGAGCUAGAGAGUUUCAUCAAGAGUCUAUUCCAAGCUCUGAAAAGCUGAACCUUCGCAAACGGUCCCAUCCCAUAAUCGAGAUACUUCGAGUCAUGGCCUAGCGACUUAACAAACACUGCAAUCUUCACCUCCUGUAAGCCAACCUCUUGAGCUGGGGUGUUCGCGUUCUGAAGGUUUUGCUGUAAUUAAUUAAAAAAGGUCGAAAAAUACUCGGCAGGACCUCGUUUUUCAGUGUUAGGAUAUCAAAUGAAACACUCUCCCUCGUAGUCGUUAUGUCAUCGAAAGCUUACGUCACGAGCAUGACCAGUCUUGUGCCAAAUCUUUAGGCUUUGCCCCAGCGAAGAAAUACCGCUCGAAACACCCAUUCGUGAAAAUUCUCACAACGCUGAUUGAAAGCUUUAAUUUGAUGGUCGAAUAGGGCCAAUCUACUUCAUCAUCUCAGUUGAUUCCAAACAGACAGGGCCACGGCUUUCUCAUAAGCUGACCACACAAGAAUUAAAUGUUACCAAGCAUUAUUUUUCCAUAAAGCCGUGAUUCUUCCAAUAUUCAAUGUUUUUUAGUCUGAAUAUUUUUAAACUUUGUUACUGUUAAAAGACCUCUGCUGUAUGUUGCAGUGAAAAGUAUAGGAUAGGCCUAUUUUUAAAAGUACUGACAAUUCACUGUCGUCGAAUUACGGAGCGUUGCAACGCGAUCAGAGGAAUUUUGUUAAAAAAUUUGUUUAGUUUUCCAGAAAUAUUGGAAUAAAUGUACAUUAGGAAAGAACUCGAAAAAAAAAAAAAUACAAACUCUAACUCUAAAGACGUACAUUAGACAAAUCACGUCAUAGAUAUUGUGAUUUUGCUAACAGAGGACCAUCGAAGCGAGAACGAGGGAUUUGAACAAAGAAAAUGAAGUCGGGUUGUUCGUCGACAGUGCAAUUUUAAGCUCAAUUUGUAGAUGAUAAAUUUUCGUUAAGAAAUGCGCGUAGUAGGCGUUUUCGUAGACGGCUACGUCUUUUGUCGCCAGCGUGUCCAAAUUUCUACGCCCACUUAACAGUUCAUUAUGGUUAUGGUUUGUUUUUCAAAUCAACGUUAGUUAGAGUCUUCCAGUGGUUGAUCCAAAUGAAAGACAUCUUGUAAAAUUGUGAUAAUUUUAAAUUCCUUUACAGGAAAUAGAUGUUUCAUAAAAGUAAAACUGCUAUUUCUGUAACAUAAUUUGCU